CAAAACUCUAGCGAUAUUUUUCCCUCUUGGCUUCGAGGAACUCUAAGUGUCCGCCAACAACAGGCUUAAACAACAAUUCACAUACAUACAUACUCACUCAUCCACUUACUAUAUCUCAUCCACUUACUCUCACACACGCACCCGUCCACUCACUCACCCAAUCACACCCACUCUCUCUCACACACUCUCUCUCACACACUCUCUCUCAUCACGCACUCAAACCAUGUCGACCGUCACCGUCGGCGUUCUGGCCCUCCAGGGUGGCUUCCACGAGCACGUCCAGCUCACGCGGAAAGCCGCCGCCUGGCUUGCGACGGCCCAGUCGCCGGCGCCAAGCCCGAGACCCGAUAUCGCUGCCAUCGAGGUCCGCACCGAGGCAGAGCUCCGCCGCUGCGAUGCCCUCAUCAUUCCGGGCGGCGAGAGCACCACCAUCUCGUUUGUCGCGACGCAGUCGGGGUUGAUGGAGCCCCUGAGGGAGUUUGUCAAAAUCAACCGCAAGCCCGUAUGGGGCACAUGUGCCGGCGCCAUCCUCCUCGCCGAUGAGGCCAACGCCACCAAGAAGGGAGGCCAGGAGCUCAUCGGCGGCCUCGGCGUCCGCGUCCACCGCAACCACUUUGGCCGCCAGAUCGAGAGCUUCGUCGCCGACCUCGAUCUGCCGUUCUUGACGCAGGGCAAUGACGCUCUGAAGGCGGCCUCCUCCUCGCCCUACCCCGGCGUCUUCAUCCGCGCUCCCAUCGUCGAGGAGAUCCUCUCGACCGAGGCCAAGCCGUCGUCGUCGGUCGAGGUCCUGGCCGUCCUGCCCGGGCGCAAGACGAGGGCCGCCGAGGGCGUCAGCCAGAGCACGGCCGACGACUCGGUCGGUGAUAUCGUCGCCGUGAGGCAGGCCAACAUCUUUGCCACGAGCUUCCACCCGGAGCUGACCGAUGACAUUCGAAUCCACGCGUGGUGGCUGGUGGAGGUGCUCCAGUCCGUGGCAUCGGUGUCAUCUGCAUGAAUGGGAGUUGCAACUGUGCUGCGACUCACUCACUGACUCACUCACACACACACACACACACACACACACACACACCAAAUGAUGUCAUGACUCACGGAAGUCGAGUACAUUCUGCGAAAGACACGAAAGCCGGUGGCUACGUAUCUCGGAUAAACAUGCGUAAAGGGACGACACACCCGGGGCAAAGGGCGGUGGGCGUACCGAUCUCUGCAUCGACGUUGGAAGAUGGAAAAUUGCUGCAUACCUGCCCACCAGCAAGCAGCGCGUCAGUCCCCUAGUGACGACUCACGAAUUACAACAUGUGGCGGCGGCAAGGCCCAGACUCUUGCAUCACAUAAUACGCAAUGAGGCGGGGGGGGAUUCGCCGAUCUUAGCGCGCAAGUGUCAGAGCGAGAGAGAGAGAGAGAGAAAAGAGUUUGUGUACACUUUCUUUAGUUGCUGCGUUGACGUUUGGAAUGAAGAGAAAUGGGCUGGUGACAUCCGUGGCUUGCUUGGGGCGGAAGACAACCAACCCUCCCCGUCACGCAGUCUCACUUGUCAGAUCAUUGCGAGUAUGAGAGACGGUAUCUGCCGAGAUGACCCAAAACACGGGGUCAGUCGUGAGGAAUUCGUCACGGGUGCUUGGCUAGAAUGAAUAGAUAGAAUUCCGUAGAGCUGGAUUGGAUAAAUAGAAUUAGAGAUGACGGGUUUGGGAUUGAUCGUCUUGUCUAGCGCAGCCGCCGACAUAAAGGGGGGGGGGGUGCAUGUACAUCGCGAAUGGCAUCAACCAAUAUGGUCAAAGGGCGUGAAUUCAGACCUAUGACUGGGUAGUAUUCAUACAUUUCCCCCCCCAUCUCUUUUUGCAUAUACGAAUACUGCUCC